AUGCUGAUUCUAAUGGGCCUGAUCAUCGAGCCAAUGACCUUUCCCAACCAAGUCAACCGGAACGGCCAAGGCCUGGGCUCCUUCUCUUCCCAGCUCACCGGCGCCUGUCAGCCGGUCUUCCACGGCUUGAACCAGACCGUCGGCGGUGGCGGACACCGUGGAGGCGGCGGCCUCCAUCGUGAAACUCCGAUUUCUGCCCCUCCGCACUCCACUGGGCCCUUCCGAAGCGCCAAACAGGCCUCUCCUUUGUCUCCCACCAAGCCAGCGCCGCGCAUGCUGGCUUGGUGUGUUGGCUUUGCCCUCCAAAUUCCCCAGCAUACUCGCCUCGCCCGAUAA